ACCACGACCACCACGCCUCUUGUUACCAGCGCACGUCUUGUUCCUCCCCGAAUACCAUCUUUCGCAUAAACGCCUGCAUCUCAUACAUUUUGCGAUUCAAUUGAACGCUCAAAGCCACCGCCGCAACCAUGUCCGACCCGGUACUUUUCGAAGACACCUUCACAAUCACCACCAUCAACUCCCAGAAAUAUGACCGUGUUUCGCGUCUGAGCUGCAACUCCACUGAUACCCUCUCGCACUUCACUCUCGAUGUCAACUCCGAGCUUUACCCUUGCGUCGUUGGCGAGUCUGUGAACAUGGCUCUGGCCUCGACGCUUUCUCUGGAUGGCAAGGAUGACUCCGGAUCGAAGGGCUGGAGAGAGGUUGGAAUGGGCGAGCAGACCUUGGCCAACGACUACGAUUAUGUCUGCCACGGCAAGGUUUACCGCUUCGAGGAGGGUUCGAGCCAGGGUAACAUGUAAGAUUUAUUGUGUCACGAAUCGCGGUCUGUUGCGGACUUCGCGAUGUGGCCGGGAUCAUUACUUGAUCAACAGCUGACUAAAUCGUGUCUAGGGCCGUUUUCAUCUCUUUCGGUG